AUGGCUUCCAACCAGAAUUCAGUUCAUAAUGUUCGUUCAAGCCGGUCGGGGAAUAUGACUUCAUCAGGGUUUAAUGGUGAGAGGACGCGAGGAGCUCCCUCAAGUAUGGGGACAGGCUUCGGUGGUGGAAACGGAAACUGGAAUGGCAGUAUAUGGGCAAGCGGUUUGGAUGACCAGCACACUGUGGAGAAUGCUUUCGAGGGUAAGGCUGGGUCAAGCUCUUUGCUCUCUUCUUCCGAAUCCGAUGGAUGGAAUAGCCGUCCUAACCUGCCAUGGACUACGAUCAACACAUCGGCGGCCACCUUGUCGCGGGCUCCGAAUAGCGGCAUGACUACAUCUCCCGUACAAACACGCGCCAAUGAGCGCAGCGCGGGUGGGAUUCCUGAUAGUACCGACUCUUCUUCAUAUUUUGCCCUGCCCAAGUCGGGGAUUGGAUCAAGUGGCGGUGCUGGGCAUAAAGCUUACCUGAGCACCGGGUCGGACGGCAUCUCACCGUCAGGCGAGGGCAUGGGCCUUGGCAAUUUCGGAAUGAGAAACGGUGAUGGCAGGCGGCAGGUGAACACUUCUGCUGCCUUUGGCGGUAGCCCUGUGGGAUCUGGGUUUCCGAUGAAGACAGGGUUCACAAGCCCACUGGACAAUCAAAGAUCCGAUGAUGUGACCACGUCGAUGGGCAUGUCAACCUUGCAGUCUGCUCUACCCGAUUACAUGACGCAGCACAUGGGCCGCAACUCAUAUUCCCAUACUGCGCAUAACUCGGCUUCCUUCGCACCACAACGACCAGCUCACUCCACCUACCCGUCAUUUCACUCCGAGAGCCAGGGCUACGAGGGACGGUCUGGCAGUGGCUCCGUCGAUCUUGGCUCUGGUUUUAACAAGCUGCAGCUGAACGAGGGCAAUUUCUCGGGACAUCCGGGCCUUAAUCGUCCAGCCUACUUACCACACAAAUCGUAUGAUGCCAGUCUGACGCGCUUGAAAUAUCAGAACGGUGGUGACGAGAGCGAGUACCAACUUCCGCCCGGUUAUGGUAACGAAGGUGUGCCAACAGAGCUACCAUUGGGAUACCAGCCGAGUAGAUCUCGUGUCCAGGACACAAACCCGAUAUCUCCUACUGAGUAUCGCAUUGACAGCCCCUUCUAUGCCCAGGAUAAUGGCGCACACUUCCGGACCGGUUCCGCAGGUCAAGUGACGGGAAAUGCAGCUGCCCUGCUGGAGCAGAAGCUACGAGCCGAGCAGGAGCUUUCGCAGCAGGCAGUCAAUCCACUGCACAGGGUCCAGAUUCCUCCUGCUUAUGAUCUUGCGGGUUACCAAGCACAGAGACUCAACGCCCUCUCGUUUUACCAUCCUGUCGCCCAGAUUGGCGCAGCAGCCCUUCGGGGUCAUCGUGACCAUGAUCCUUCACAAGUGGUCAGGAGUCCAGUGCUAGAGGAGUUCAGGGCUCAAAACAAGGGGAACAAGCGCUACGAGCUGAAGGAUAUCUAUGGGCACAUUGUGGAAUUCAGUGGCGACCAGCACGGGUCGCGCUUCAUUCAACAGAAGCUAGAGACGGCCAACAGCGAUGAGAAGGAACAGGUGUUCCGCGAGAUCCAGCCCAACAGCUUGCAGUUGAUGACGGAUGUGUUCGGCAACUACGUUGUUCAGAAGCUGUUUGAACACGGAAACCAGACCCAGAAGAAGAUUUUGGCAAACCAGAUGAAGGGACACAUCCUGUCCCUAUCUACCCAAAUGUACGGGUGCCGCGUGGUGCAAAAGGCAUUGGAGCACAUCCUCACCGAUCAGCAAGCAUCAAUGGUCAAAGAACUGGAGAGCCACGUCCUUCGCUGUGUUCGGGACCAGAACGGCAAUCAUGUCAUCCAGAAGGCCAUCGAGAGAGUCCCGUCUCAAUAUGUCCAGUUUAUCAUAAAUGCCUUCAAGGGCCAAGUUGACCGACUGGCUACACACCCAUACGGGUGCCGUGUCAUUCAGCGCAUGCUGGAGCACUGCGAGGAAGUGGACCGGGAGUCUAUCUUGGGUGAACUCCAUGCCUGCACGUCAAAGUUGAUCACGGACCAGUUUGGCAACUAUGUCAUCCAGCAUGUCAUUGAGAAUGGUGAAGAUAAAGACCGGUCUCGCAUGAUUGUAGUGGUUAUGUCGCAGCUCUUGACUUAUUCCAAGCACAAAUUCGCCAGCAAUGUGGUCGAGAAGAGCAUUGAAUACGGCGAGGAGUCUCAACGUCGGCAGAUGAUUAGCACGCUGACAAGUGUCAACGAGCGCGGUGACAGCCCCUUGAUCAGCCUCAUGCGUGAUCAGUACGGCAACUAUGUGAUCCAAAAGAUCCUUGGACAGCUGGACGACACGUCCGAAGAGAAGUACAGUCUGGCCGUACGCAUCCAGCCGAUGCUUGAUCAAUUGAAGAAGUUCAGUUAUGGCAAGCAGAUCGUGGCGAUUGAAAAGUUGAUUGGGGGGGUCAUGCCACCCGCCGGCGCCCCCCUGGCCCACGCAGCCACAUCGACGACGCCCCCCAACUCGCACAAGUCCUCCCCCCAGCCUUCUAAAAGGGCUGUGAAUGGUGUCGAGAACUGCCGUGCUCCUGUGGUUGGCGCCGCUCCCCCGACCCCGCCUCCCACCGAUACGCAGAGCAAUGCUGAUGGCUCCUCGGAAUCUAAGCAUACGGCGAAAAGCACGGUGACGCCCUUGGCGGAAUGCGAGUCGGCCAACCCGGUCACCAGCGACUCUGUCGAAGUCACUGGCAGCACCUAG